UCCCCGAAAAGUCUCCGGGACUGGCGAGCAGGAGAUUACACGGAUUUAGAACGCACGGUUUGCAUAAAUCAGCUUGGAUCAUACCCACUGCUUACUUUUUCAUACAAAGAAACUAGAGGGACGAAUACAGUAUAGCUCGAUACUGACAUUGUUUUCACAUCAUUAAACAAAGGAAAAUGACUCAGUUUAACAAGGGACCAACCUAUGGGUUAUCCGCAGAGGUGAAAAGCAAGAUUGCGCAGAAGUAUGACUCCCAGAAGGAGGAGGAGCUGCGCUUCUGGAUUGAGGAGGUGACGGGCAUGCCCAUCGGGGAGAACUUCCAGAAGGGUCUGAAGGAUGGGGUCAUCCUUUGCGAGUUAAUUAACAAACUACAACCUGGCUCCAUAAAGAAGAUCAACCAUUCCAAGCUCAACUGGCACAAACUGGAGAACCUGGGGAACUUCAUCAAAGCCAUCCUGGCAUACGGCCUGAAGCCCAACGACAUCUUUGAAGCGAAUGACCUCUUUGAAAAUGGGAACAUGACGCAGGUCCAGACCACCCUCCUCGCCUUGGCCAGCAUGGCGAAGACCAAAGGCAUGGACACGAAGGUCGACAUCGGUGUGAAAUAUGCGGACAAGCAGAUGCGGCACUUCGAUGACGAGAAGAUGAAGGCCGGCCAGUGUGUCAUCGGCCUGCAGAUGGGCACAAACAAGUGUGCAAGCCAGGCUGGGAUGACGGCCUACGGGACCAGGAGACACCUCUACGACCCAAAGAUGCAAACAGAUAAACCGUAUGACCAGACCACCAUCAGUCUGCAGAUGGGAACCAACAAAGGGGCUAGCCAGGCUGGCAUGGCUGCCCCAGGCACCAGGAGGGACAUCUUCGACCAGAAGGUGGCGCUCCAGCCGGUGGACUCCGCCACCAUCUCCCUGCAGAUGGGCACCAACAAAGUGGCCUCCCAGAAGGGCAUGAGCGUGUACGGUCUGGGCCGGCAGGUGUAUGACCCCAAGUACUGCGCCACGCCCACGGAGCCCAUUGUCCAUGCCAACGGCAGCCAGGGCACGGGCACCAAUGGCUCAGAGAUCAGCGACAGUGACUAUCAGGCCGAGUAUCCUGAGGAGUACCAGGGAGACUACAAUGACGAGUACGGUGGCCAUUACAAUGACCAGGGCAUCGACUACUAGGUAGCCACCGCAAAGUAAGCAGUGUUAGUCAGAGCAGUGUUAAGAAACAAGUACGUUUUUUUCAGUUGGUAUUGUUUUUUAUUAUUUUUUUUAAAUCAACAGAGCAAGUGUUUUGCUAUUCUCGCGAGCCUUCCUUUUUUGUAACUGAUGCCUAAGAGAGAAAUAACUGCCUUAUUCGCAUUCCUCUCUGGUCCUCUCUCUCAAACAGCAGUAUUUUUAAGCGAUUGUAGAAUGUACCAUUCCUGGAAUCUGUGUACCUUAGGGUGGAGAACAGUGCUCUAUGUCCUUGUAUUUUUUUAACUUUUGUGAAAUACAGAGCACUGUGAAAUGGUGAUUCCUUUUGAUGCAUAGGUCUUGUAUGCCUCAUUAACUUCCUGUUUUCAUUUGAGGACUUUAUGCAGUCAUUCUCUCAUCUUAAAGGCAAGGACACUCAAGUUAAUUGGGCCCAGGCCCCAGUUGUGACCUAAGAGUAAUGACCCUGCCCACCACCUUUAAAUGAAUACAUGGUUGUUUUUAUUUUUUUUUUUUUCAUUGUUAGUUUUUGAAUUGCUUGGUAGGAAGGAGAUGUAUGGCUAAGUUUGGUCAAGGGAUCAGAAUCCUGCAUGUUUGUUCUUGGUUUGACCCGAAAGCACUGGAAAGUCAUCGUUUUUUUUAAACGUAUUUUGAUUUUUCUUCAUUAUGACCAAAUUCCUGUUCACGUGUUUUAGUGCAUUGGUUCAUUGUGAGAUUAGGCCCCCUCCUCCUCCUUCUCCCGUUUGUUGAAUCAUACCCACCCCUCUGCCCCCUGUAUUUAUUUGCCAUGUCUC